UGAAGUUGAGAAGCCCGAAUAGAAUCACCUUGCUCUGUUCCUUCCCUUAUUGGCCUGGUGGCGGCAUUAUCUUCUCUUCGCUCUUAUCUUUCUCUUUCUUGCUUUUCCUUACCGUUGCUCUUGACGCUCGUCUGCUCCAACUCGCAAACAAGGAAAUUAGCCAUCGCAGCAAUCAUUGAAUUGAGUCCUAAUUCGAUAAGGCCACCGAGUCCUAAUUCGAUUAGGAGCCGGUGAUGACGUCGAAACCAAUUGGAAUACGAAACCAAUUGGAAUACGAAACAAUAGAACCCAACCGGCUUUAUAUGCCAGCCCUCCCCUUGGUCAUUGUACAGAAUCUCCGAGACAAACGGAGGGCCAACGCUAUGCAGCACAAGGAGGAGGAAGCGGCGAAGACCAUGGAGCAAGCCGAAGAGUUGUUCAAGGCCCACGACUACCGCGGCGCGCUGAUGCUGGCACACAAGGCUCGAUGCCUCUUCUCCUCCCUCCCCGGCCUCGUCAACGUUCUGAUCGCCUACCACAUCCAUGUCUGUGCCAGGGCAAGAAAAACCCCGUCCGGGGACACCGAUUGGCACGCUGUCCUCAGCGCCCCACCCUCAUCCGACGCCACGGUGAUCAAGAAGCAAUACAUGAACAUGCGCCACCUUACCCACCCCGAAAAUUGCAAGUCUGCGGCCGCCAAAGGUGCUUUCCAGCUAGUCGAGCGGGCUUGGAGCUGCUUAAAUUCUUCUUCCCCGCCUCCCGCUGGUUCCACCACCAGCUCGGAACCCCAAAACACGACCUCUCGUCCACGUUCCCCGCAACCUCCUACUCGGACCGGAGAUGCCAAAGUGAAACCAGCCAUCAGGAACAAUUCCAAGUGUCAGAGCGCCAUGAUUACACCGGAAAACCAAUUCACCGAGUCAAGCUCUCGUAGACAACCAGAAAAUGGUUUGCCACCGCCUCGACAUACACCGACUUCUCCUUCUUCUCCUUCUCGGGCGGGCAGUUCCGCACAAGCCACCUCCUUCACCAUGCACUCUUCAUCGCAGUCGAGCAUACCGAAAUUUCUGCUGUGCCCCUUCUGCGGGACUCAGAAUUGCUACAGGGUGAUCGAUGGCCUCUGCCAUAUCACUUGCAAGCAAUGUGGCGUUACUUCUUCCAUCAGAAGGGAAGGUGCUUCCUUGAACAGGAGUGAUCAAGUUAGUGGUGCCUCGCCACCGAGUUCACAAACCGGCAUAGCAGUGUGCCGGAAGUGCCGCAUUCCAUAUGACGGUAAGAUACCGAACAACCGACGGAUCCUUCGGAAGUGCAAGCUGUGUGGUUCAUGGGCUUCCAUCAAGCUGGAGAUCAAGCAAAUCAGAAUUCACGAAGAUCAGACUACUUCCGUGGUUCCUGGUAGUGGUGACGAGCCUUCAGAGGCUUGGUUCGUUGCCCCUGCGUGGUAGGGCUCGCAAAUACGUAGGCAAGGAGAGUUAAUUGUAGUGGAGAUGAGGGGUCCGGGAACAAUUUUUUGUGAUUGAUGUCUUGUGAUGGACAUGUGCCUGUCGUUUUCCAGUUUUUUUCCUUUUUUAUUAAUUUAUGUCGUUAUGUUCAUGCAUACUAUCAAUUUAAUUAUGUUAUUAUCGUCA